AUGGGUCCGACCACCCCAAACUGGAACAUUAACAACACAGUAGUGAAUGAAAGUUACUACCCUGAAAAUUUACCCUGUACCAAUGAGUUCAAUACCCUAAAUUUUCUUACUGUAAUCAUUGCUGUGGUUGGACUGCCAGGAAAUGCCAUAGUGCUGUGGAUUCUUGCCUUCCACAUGAAUAGGAAUGCCUUCUCCACCUAUGUCCUCAACCUGGCUGGUGCUGAUUUCUUGUACCUUUGCACUCAGAUUGUGUGUUCCCUGGAUUGUGUCCUUCAAUUAGAGAGCAGAUACUUUUUUUUUCUCUACAUUGUAUUAAUGUUUGCUUACCUUGCAGGUUUGUGUAUGAUUGCAGCCAUAAGUACUGAGCGCUGCCUAUCUGUUAUGUGGCCCAUCUGGUAUCACUGCCAAAGACCAAGACAUACAUCAGCCAUCGUCUGUGCUCUGCUCUGGGCUUUCUGUCUACUGUUGAGCCUCCUGCUAGGGCAAGGCUGUGGCUCACUGUUCAGUGAUUAUGGAUAUUAUUUCUGUACUACUAGUGCACUUAUUAUUACUGUAUUUGUAAUAGUAUUAUCUGUGGUUCCUUCUGUGUCCAAUCUGGCCCUAUUGGUCAAGAUUGUCUGUGGAUCACACAGGAUUCCUGUGACCAGGUUCUAUGUGACCAUUGCUCUCACAGUGGUGGUCUUCUUAUUCUUUGGUCUGCCCUUUGGGAUCUACUUGUUCUUCUUACCAUGGAUUAUGAAUUUUGAAGAUGAUUCCAAUUUCAAUGUUUAUGAAUUGGUAACAUGCCUGUCCUGUAUUAGCAGCUGUGCCAAUCCCAUAAUUUACUUCCUCGUUGGCUCCAUUAGGCACCGCAGGUUAGAACGGAAGACUUUGAAGUUUCUUCUGCAGAGAGCCAUGCAGGACACUCCUGAGGAAGAGAGUAGAUAG